UGUAAACUUAUAAAAAAACAAGGAUUUAUGAGUUAUGAAGAAGAUAAUCAAUCGGAUUUUUACUUCCAUCUUUUUAAGUAUAUAAAAUGAACUGACUUCUUAACAAUGGACAAAAUUUAAUUUGAAUUCUUCAAAUAAUUUACUACUCCAAUUAUUUUAUGGAUUUGAAAUUAAAAUAAAAUCAAAUUAAAUAAAAAAAAUUAGAAAAACCUUUUUUGUAUUUACGGGCAAAUACUUUUUUAACUUUAAAAUUUGAAAGAUUGACCUAUGACUCUGAAAUUUGUAUUAUUUAUUUAUUUAAUAAUUAUACUAUAUAAUUAUUAAAGCAAAACAUGCUUCAGGCAGUCGGUACCAUUAAGGUGGUCCACUUGAGAGCAUUCCCAAAAAAUUGUCUCCGCUAAAGCAACAUUAAUAUAAUAUUAAGAAGGAAUAAUUGAGAGGACUUAACUGUAGUUCAAAUCAUUUCAAAUUAAAUUUAGAAAAAAUUCUUAAAAAAUUAACUUGACAAAACGCAAAUGUCACUAUAAAACAAUAAAAAACAAGGAUAUUAAAUACAUAUCUAAAUUUAUUUUAUGUAAAAUUUGUCUUUCGCAGCCUAUCGUUUCGGUAAAAUAUUCUGUCAAAAUUCUAUUAGUUACUAUUUUUCGGAGAAUUAUUUAUGUAAGAUUUUAUCGCAAAAAUACAAAUGACUUCGUGAAAAACAAUAAUAGGUGGUACAAAACAACGCGAUAUUAUUAAAGCCUGUGAAUAUAGAAAUGUCAGCGUUUAAAAAAAUGUUUAAUGUUUUACGUUCAAGCAAAGGAGAGGGUAGCAUAAUGGAUAUGCGAGCAAUGAGUGAUAAAAGUUUACACUCCACGUACUCGGGUAACACCAGACCGAGCGUGUACACAUUUCAUAAUGAUUUCGGUGCCUCAUGUAGAGCCUCACCUUUGUCAACAACAUCCGAAGCAACGCACAUUAACUACGCUAAUGAGUUAACCAAUUGGCGACAAAUGGAUCCUAAUCAAUCGGUAAUGCCUUUUCCCGGUAAUUCUAUGUCGCCAGGGUAUUAUGGUCAAUAUGGUUAUUCGGAACCAUAUUCUACAAAUAUGCCAUACCAAAAUUCUAAUUUUGGUUACCCCAUAAUGAACGAAAAUCAAAUGAUGGUACCGGAGAAUCCUUUGUAUACAGAAAAUAGAUUGAUGGGUGCCGAUAGUCCGCUGCCAACAAUGCCCAAUAUGACAACUUUAGCCGAACCUAGGAAUCAAUUUGUAAACUCACGCUCCGAUGCGUAUAGAACCAGUAUGGCAGCUAUUCCACUAGAUAAGUUGAAAAGAAUGCGCGCAGCGAAAGAUUUAUACAACGUUUUGAAUUACUUGGAUAGCGAUGAGACUUUCUUAAAGAAAACGAGCAAAUCUAAUAAAUCCAAAAAAAGUAGCAAACAAUUUUAAACUUGAUCCAAUUUGAAUUUGCCUUGUUUCUUUAUCGCAUC